UUAAUUGAGUCAGUAACUGUCUUCUCUUUACUGUUGCUGAUAAUAUAAUGCAGUCCGGUAAUAAAUGGGUUUUUGGUACCAAAAAUAAGUUUCUACAUAGACUUUCUGGCACAGACAUACUGUAAUUGUGAAGCCUUAUUGUAAAAUAGAUUAUGUCUUGUUCUUGGGCCUCUCCUAAACGUUCAGAAACCCAAGGAAAUCAAAAGCUGAAAGAGAGAUGCUGAUAUGCUCCUCCUACAAACAUUCAGCAACUUGCAAAAGAGACUUGGAGGAAGUAACUCAUCACAGGAAGUAGAUUUAUUUUUAACAUGCUGCAGCUCAGUGUCUCUGACAGUUGACAGCUGAGAAAGGGACAGAAAGAGACAGAGACGCACGAUGGCUGAAUUCAAAUGGAUUAAAAUGGCUUUAUGUGGGAUACUGCUUCAGUUUACAGAAGAUAGAAACGUUGACAGUCGAGGGCGAGAGAACAAGAGAGAGAGACGGAGAGGUACGAUGGCUGAAUUCAGACGGAUUCAAAUAACUUUCUUAUUGAUUCUGCAGCUUCAGGUUACAGCGAUUACGGGACAAACCCACCUCUACGUCACUGUCAGAGCUGGAGAUGAUGUCACUCUGCCUUGUGAAAAUGUGAUAAUUCAGGGCAACUGUGACCAAACUUCAUGGAUUUAUAGUCAUAGAGGGGAAGCAGCAGUAGCACUGAUAGAGUUUGGGCAGAUUAAAGAACAUACUCCUAAAGUUAAAUCAGACAGACUGAGUGUUACAGAGAAAUGUUCUCUGGUUAUAAAGAAGGUCACAGAGGAGGAUGCUGGUCGUUACACCUGCAGACAGUUCUACACAUCAGGACCACAACAAGGUCCAGAUGCUGUGGUUCAUCUGUCUGUUGUUACCAUGGAAGAGCUGAAGAACAACGAUGAUUCGUUCACCUUGUCCUGCUCUGUGUUAACAUCUGAUGAGUGUAAACACACAGUGGAGUGGCUGUAUGAGGGAGAUGAGAACGACGUGGAGAUAAGACCGGGGACCUGUUCAGCCCAGGUGGUAUUUACUCCUCGUCUUAAUCAGAACUCACUGAGGUGUAACGUGACAGAUAAGAGGAAUGGAAACACGCUGCUGUCCUCAUGUAAGAAAUCAGGAAGCACAACAGUGGGAACAGGUUACACACCAGAGAAUGACACAGACCUGUGGGUGUACAUCUUUGUGCCGGUGGGUGUAACAGCUCUCCUAGCAGCUCUCAUCAUCGUGUUAGUCAUCAGACGGAAGAAAACUAAAAGGAACAAAACACCGGCCAAUGAAAACAUUGAACUGAGCUCAAACCCCGCAGCGACUCAGUCUGCUCCAGAAACCAGUCAGGACAAGGCGGAUCCUGAAGAUGGUGUUUUCUACGCCUCCAUAACCCACACCAAGAAGACCAAGAGUAAAGCUCAGGCUCGGGGUAAAGAUGCUGAUGCUGAUGCUGAGGCUGAGGCUGAGGCUGACGCUGAUGCAGUGACCUACAGCACCGUGAGAGCUUCCUCUUCCUCUGCUGCUGCUGCAGCCUCAGCUGAUCUCAGCAGCCUUUACACCACCGUCACCAAACCCAAAACAUAAGACAGCACGGUGUAGUUACAGCUCGUAGCAUUACAGAAUGCUGUGUGGACUAGACAGACCCUCCUCCGCUGCGCAGCGAGUGGAGGAGGGUCUGGCAAAGUGAGACUGUUUGCUCAGUAACACUGAGUUACUGGGUGCUCGUUUCUGAAUCAUUCCGCGGAAAAGACAGUUUGAGGUAUGGAUCUCCUUACCCUCAUGACCUAAGUGGAUCGUGCCUGGGACAGUUAUUUAAAGAGGGGAUCAGAAUCUUGUGCAUAUUAUUGAGCUUUGAUUGUAUCAUUGUUUAUUACUGUUAUGUGCUGCUGUAUAAAUUUGCUUGUCAGGUUUUUAGAGAGAUUACACAAAUAAAGAAAAAAUAUC